AUGUAUAGCUCUUGCAGAUAAGACAUUAAAUCUUCUAAUUCAGAUGGAAGAGAGACAUUUUUGAAUAAAAAUGUUAAAAGUCUCUAUGUUACUAAAAGCUCAAGAUAAAGUAACUUAAAACAUAGAAUGAUCAGCUUCUUAACAAGACAAGCAACAAAGGAUUUUUAAUCAAAGCUAAUCUAUAAAAACCUAGCAACAAAAAAUAAAUAUGUUAAACAAUUUAUAGACAAAUUGUUAGCUCGCAAAUUCUUUCAAAUUCAUUUUAAAGAUUAUCAUUAUAGACUGUUGAAUGAAAAAUAUUCUGCUAUAAUUUAAAAAGUAGAUAAGAAUAGUUAAUUAAUAAAAAACCAAUUAAGUAGCUUUUGUGGUCCUUUAUAUCAUUGGCUUGCUAAGAAAAUAAACAAACUUCCAUUAAUUUAUCCUUAAAGUAUCUAUAAAACUAUAUGGGAUGUUUUUGCAACAAUUGCAAGACUUUACUUUUUAUAUAUGAUUCCAGUUGAUAUUUGUUGGACGGAGGAAUAAUUAUUAUUUGGCAAUUAUUUUAUAAGUACUUUGACAAUGAUAAUUAUUUUAUUCAUUGAUCUUUUUAUCAGUUUAAAUACUGUAUUUUAUGAAGCAGGUAAAAUUGUAACUAGCAGAGUUUAAAUAAUAAAAAAUGUUUUAUGGCAAUCCUUUGGUAUGGAAUGGAUAUCAAUUUUCAUAGUUUUAAUUUUACUUCUAUAUUCAAUAUAGACAGAUACAAAAGUAGAUAUAAAUACAAAUCCUUAUUAUCUUAUUCUUUUACUAUUUUUAUCGCAUUAUAAAAAUGUAUAAAAUAAAGGAAAAUAAUAUGAAAUGGCUUUACAUUUUACAAGACAAACGUCAUCAAUUUUGUAAUUAUUCAAAUUUAUAUUAUUAAUAUUUUAUGUAAUCCAUAUAUUUGGAUGUUUAUGGUUUUGGGUAAAUUAUUUAUAAAAUAUAAUAGGGAGGCCAAUUUAGUGAACUUUAUAGAGAAAAUAGUUGGAUGGAUGAUCGUAAUUUAUUAGAUAAGCCUUGGAAUAUUUAAUAUUUGCAAUCAUUUUAUUAUGCUUGUGUUACUAUGUUUACAGUUGGGUAUGGAGAUAUUACACCUAAAAGUGAUGAAGAAAGAAUAAUAGCAAUAAUAUUAAUUAUGGUUUCAAGUGUUUAGUUACCAUAUUCUAUUAACACUGUUGGAUAAGUAAUUUCUGAGAUUACUUCCUAAUCAGAUAUAUAAAAAAAAAAUAUAAGAAUUCUAAAUACUUAUUUACAUAAAAAAAGGAUUCCUAAAGCUUUCUAAGAAUAAAUAAGAGAAUAUUUAAAAUAAUAUUGGCUUUAAUAAUAGGAAGAAGAAACAUUAGAAGAAAAAGCUAUUAUAAAUUAAUUAUCAGAAAAACUAUAAGAAUAGUUAAUGUGGCAGGUUAAUACACAAGUAAUUCGAGAGAUGCCUUUCUUUUCUUAAUUUAGUAGACCAUUUUAAAAAGCAUUAUCUAAAAGAAUAAGUGUUGUUAAUUUAUUACCAGAGAAUGAAUUUCGUAAAGAAUUAGAUUAAUUUGUAUGUUAUGUUGAAAAAGGUUAAAUAUCAGUUUGUACUGAAGGUUAAAAUAAAAUUCAAAUCAAAUAAAUUAUGAUUGGUCAAAUUUUUGGUUUAAAAGGUUUUGUUUUAGGAGUUUCAGCUUAAGAAAUUUAUAAAAGUGUAGGCUUUACUAAAUUAUUAAUGAUUUGUAGAUAUGAUUUCAUGUAAUUACUUAAAGAAUUUCCAAGAGAUUUUGAAUUAUAUUGCAAGACAAGAGAUGGUAUAUAAUUUUCACAAAAUAUUUGGGAUGAAUAAUGUAUGUCUUGUCAAUCAUUACAACAUUCAAUAAUUAACUGUCCUAUGUUGCAUUACAUACCUUAAAAAGAAUUAAUAAUUAAAAGACAUUAAUUUGAUCAUAAAUAAACAAGAAUUAAAUUUUAAAGAAAUAAGAGAAUUUGUAAUAACACUUUAGAUCUAGAAACUUUGAAAAAGAUUUAAAAUGAAUAUUACAAAAAAUAUCAUUUUGAUUUUUAAGAGAAACCACCAAAUGAAAAUAAAAGUUAAAUUUAAAUUCCAAAGAUUAUAAUUUAGCAUUCCUCACCACCUGCACCUUCUCGCAUAAAUUCUUAAUUUAAUAUUAAUAUUAAUGAUCCAUUUGGUUUUAAUUAAGUACAAGGUUUAAAACAUUCAAUUAGCAUAAUAGGAAGACCUUAAAAUUUAAAUCAAAUAGAUUAUGUGAGGUAAAAUAAUUAAUAAAUUAUUAACUAUGAUCCUGAACAAGAAAAUUUAAUGAAUGAUGCAAUCGAAGAUUAAUUAAAAUAAAGAUAUUAAUAAUUAAAAAGUUAUAAAAAUCUACCUCCAAAAGAUAAGGAGGCAAUUUCAUUUUUGAUUAUGAAAUAUAAAAAUUUCAAAAAAUUCGAAAAAAAAGAAUUAAGAAACUUUGAAUAAAAGAAAUCUUAUACUGAUUAUUAUCCGGAACAUAAUGAUGAAAAUAUGAUAGAAAUUGCAAACUUAGGAAAAAGAAAUAACAUUAUUUCUAAAUUAAUGCCUUAUUUGCUCUUUCCAAAUGUAUUUUUCUAAAGAUUUUAAAAGAAGUUAUAUUGA